UACCCUAUACCUGUGACCUUGAAAAUAAUGGAAAAUAAAAGAAAUACGAUAAAAAAUAAAUAAAUGAAAGAAGAAAAGGAAGAGAAAAGAAAAAAAAGGAAGAUGGGUAAAGAAAAGAAAUUAAAACAACCCAAUGAAAAAACAAAACAAAUAAAGAAAAUAAUAAAAGGAAGAGAAAGAAAAAAGGAAGAUAGGAAGAAAGAAAGAAAAGAAGGAAGACAAUAUGGAAUGAAAACAGAAAGGAAAGAAAGAACGAAGAAAACGAAAGGAGAGAAUGAUGGAAAAGAAGGACGGAAGGAAGGCAGAGAGUAGAAAAUAAAGAAAAUAAUGAAAGAGAGAAAAGAAUUGUGAAAACUAUAUAGCCCAGGAUGGAAAAACGCGCGAAUAUGGACUAAAAAUUGCCCAAUAUGUGAAUUCACGCAACAAUGGCACAGUCCACGCUUGAAUAGGGAAUGACGGAGCAAAAGAGAAAACCCAACAUGACGCCUCACCAACUCAUCCUCGCCUUCAUCUACUUCUUCGUCCUCCUCGUCAUCCUCCCCGUCUUCUGUAGCGACAAAAUCUACUCUCUCUUCUACCAGGAGGACCCGCUGAGGAACCAGGAGAUCGAGGUCGUGAAAAGAGAGCACAGACGGCAAGGCGUGAAGGAGUAUUUAGGGGAAACUGAUGAAUUCGAGUCCCUGGCCUUCCAUCGAACUCUUCUACGUGAAAAUCUAGAUCACCUCAUUGUUAUAAUCGCCAAGAAACCGGAGUACGAGGAGGAUAAGGUGCUCUCGCAGUUAGUAACGGAGGUGGAUAGGAAUAUACGCUCGCAGAGGCUGUAUCGUAACGCGUUAGUGAUAUGUAACGCUAGCAGGUCGCCUUUUGAAGAGCUCCGUAUGCUGUCUCGUCGCUACCCGGUGAUCGAAGCCUUAAACUCAACGAAAUGGAAGCUCGUCAACAAGGAGGAGGCGAUACGACACGAUUUCAUGGACUGCGUGGGGCUUGGCAGAAGUGUGGCCCAGUUCAACCACCUCACCGUGAUCAGGGAUGUGGUCGUGCCAUAUCCCGGGUUCCUGGAGACACUGAACCAGAUCCUACACCUUCGGAUAGACUAUGGCACCGUACGUGGGGAGUUGAGAGCGCGUGGCACCCCUUGGCUAUUCCUGCACCUCCAUGAACCGGUGCCAUUCAGACAGUACCAAGUGAGCUGGGAAAGCCUAUGGGAGCUGCUCAUGUUGGCCCUCUCCGGCGGGUUACUCUUCCACCUAAUCUUCCGUUAUCUCGAAGGGCCAACGCUGCAGACGGGGUUGCGGGUUACCUACACUCUCUACGGGGCUCUGUACUUCGUGACCUUCGCUGUGGUGGUCGGGCGGCCCUACAUAACGGAGCUAAGGCGAUACGCAGCGGGUCUUUUUCGAAUCUAUGACCCGCUGGAGCCCGUUCACUUCUCCGCGGUGACCCUCCCAUUCAACAUCCUCCAGUCCCUCCUGACGCAGCUGUCCAUGACCAAGUGUUCUAUUUAUUCGCCCUUCCACGAGGCUUUGGACCAUAUGGUGAACACGCUGGAGUGCCCUGGGUUUGUGCUUUCUCCCUCCCUCGUCAGCUACGCCGUCAGGACCCCAACACCACCCCCGCCCGUGUCCUGACAAUCCCUAACCACGCCAUCGAUUGUUCCAGGCGCCUACAGUAUAUGGAUAGAUAGAUAGAUAGAAGGCGACAACGAAAGUAACGAUAAUAUAGGCAGAAGGAACGAAGGAAAAGGUAAAAAUGAAUAUAAAAAAAGACAGAAAGAAAGAAAGAAAGAAGGAAAUGGAAAGGUUAAAGAGGGCAUUCAUAUAUCGUGUCACAAAGAAAAAAUGUCAGAAAAAUUAAUGUGUUAAAAACUGAAAACUAACUGACAUAAUAAAAGUAAAUUAGAGGAAAAUCAAGCAAGUGUACCGUAAGAAUCUAGCAAAAUAAAGGAAAGUGAUUUUAAAGUGGCAAAAAGUUAAAAAGUGCGAAACCAUAAAGAAAAUAAAUUACUAAGAAAAUAAAUAGACUAAGAGAUUAUUAAACAUGACUCGAAACUUUACAAUGAAACACGAAACGGUCUAAAAAGAACAGCGAUAUAUUUACCCGUUUCAGUAUUCUAAAUGGUGAAACUAAUUGUACUUUUUUCUUAUUCAGUUUAUAUUCUUCGAUUUUUUUUUUUUGCUGUUUUCGGUUUUUGUAAUUACUAAGAUUUGUCCGUUUUCUUUAAUAUUAGCAACGAAACAUCUUCAGGGAGACUGCUUUGUAUAUAAGCCUUGUGAUUGAAGUGAUUUGAUGCUAGUUUUGUAAGUAAUCUGAUGUUGUUUGACUGUUAAUGUUGUUUCUAAUUGUCACUAGUUUUAUUUUCAUUAUUAUUACUGUUUUUAUUAUCAUUAUAUUAUUAUUAUUAUUAUUAUUAUUAUUAUUAUUAUUAUUAUUACCGACACUUUGGCCAGUUCUCACAACCUAGUCAAUAUACAGAGAGAGAGAGAGAGAGAGAGAGAGAGAGAGAGAGAGAGAGAGAGAGAGAGAGAGAGAGAGAGAGAGAGAGAGAGAGAGAGAGAAUGGGAUAAGAAAAUAAACAAAAAAAGGAGGUGAGAGCAAGAAAGGAAGCAUAAAAGGAAGAAAGGAGAAAAGAAAGACAAUCAGAGAGAGAGAGAGAGAGAGAGAGAGAGAGAGAGAGAGAGAGAGAAUGGGAUAAGAAAAUAAACAAAAAAAAGGAAGUGAGAGCAAGAAAGGAAGCAUAAAAGGAAGAAAGGAGAAAAGAAAGACAAUCAGAGAGAGAGAGAGAGAGAGAGAGAGAGAGAGAGAGAGAGAGAGAGAGAGAGAGAGAGAGAGAGAAAA